AUGACUCCAGAUGAAUUUGAAACACUCCAUGAUUUAAUUGGCUCUCGACUAAAUAAGACGAGUUUAAGAGAGCCCUUGCCGUCCAGACUUAGACUUUGUUUAGUCUUAAAUGUACUUGCUAAUGGUGACAGCAUACGAACUACUCAAAAUUUGUUUCGAGUUGGACGAUCAACAAUAUACCACAUGAUAGAGGAAGUUUGUACUGUCAUUUGGGAAGAACUCUCACCUUGGUAUUUGAGAAAUAGAAGCACAAGAGAAUGGAGAGUGAUUGCUGCCGGAUUUCAAACUAAAUGGGAUUUACCGCAUUGCAUUAGAGCGAUAGACGGAAAGGAGAUUGCCAUCAAAUGUCCACCACAUACCGGGACUUUAUUUUACAAUUACAAGAAGUUUUUUAGCUUCAAACUUCUUGCUAUUUGUGAUGCUAAUUGUCGUUUUACUUGGGUCGAAGCUGGUGACUGUGGUUCUCAAAGUGACCUAGCAUCUUUCCGAAAUACGGAUUUUUACGAUGCCCUAGGAAAAAACUAA